AUACUCGCUCCUCAACGCUUGAGGUGUUUCCACGCGUGGGCGGAGGCUGCAGCGGCGGGCAACAGUCGCUAAUACUUUGCAUAGUAUCAUAAUGUAGUUUGGCGGCCCCUUCCCCUAGUUUGAGCGGCCAGUGUGUGGCUUUGUGGUGAGGAAUGAGGCGCCUCGGGCUGCCCUUCCCCCUCCCCUCCUCCCCGCCUGGACCGCCCCUCUCCUCCACUUUUACAUUCCAGUCAUUGGUGAUCCUCGUCCCCACAUAACCGGCGGCCGUCCUCAUUACCAUAAUCUAAUAGAAGUUCUCUCGAGUUGUAUUUCAACACACUUGUGUCUGCUAAUUAGUUAGCAAGACCCUGUCUCCGAGAUCUUAUACCCGCAGCGGCCGGCGUGAACGAGGCAGCCUUGCGGCGCCCCGGCAGGAGGUCCGUUUUGGGCCGACGACCCGCCGGCCUCCGGUGACAUUGUUCCUGGCUUUGUCAGCGCCACAAAAGGCGUCUCCCCGCGCCGCAGUGCCGACACAACGGUCGCCAAGCGGCGGCCACUCCUGCCGUGUUGUCCCUCAUUCGUCAUUUGUUUUCCGAUGAGUCUCAGUAUGGCACGCCACUCCCGGCGGCGGCGGCGGCGGCAGGUCUGGAGCGGCGGGCGGAGGGGAAGACUCCUUUCCUCUCUGGGACGCGGCGACGGGGUGACGGGCGCCCCGCUAAGCUCUCUUUUUUCAGAAACAAUGUACUGAGGGCUUCAGAGGGCGCGUGCAUUUCAUUCCUAAGAAGGCGGUUCAUUACUCCUCUUUAUUCUCUCCUUACAGAGCGUCCUGCGAGAGCUGUCCAGCCAGAUGUGGACGGCCACGCGCGGGCGGGCGUCCAUCAGGCAGGUGACUGUGGCGCUUCCCCGCGUCUGGAGGACCGACGCCCUCAGCUGCUCCCUCCUCAACCCCCUCACGGAGUCCUCGGCGCCCACGGAGGGCCACGUCCGCAUCACGACCUCCCACCCAGUGUUCGGGGCCCGGCCGUGGACGCAGCAGACGCAGGGCUGCGGCCGCCCGGGCGACUUCAUCCAGAUGGGCGGCGACCUGCUGCGGGCUGCCAGUAACGACUCCUACGCCCACUCGGCGCGUCUGCUCCUGUCGGAGUGGGCAAAAUUCCGGUGGGGCGUGUUCGACGAGCGCGGCCACGCCAACGACCCGCUCUACCCGCCCACCUUCCGUGACCCCAACACGCACCAGUUCGCCGCCACCAGCUGCACCGACGGGGCGGUGAAGGGCGACACCUGCGACCCGUCCCAGCCCGGCUGCACCUUCUCGCCGCAGCCCUACAGCAACAACCACCUCAGCUCCUCGCUCCUCUCCUUCCCGGAGCUUCCGACGAUCCGAUUAUUCUGCAACGACCAGACGCACAACCGCGUGGCGCCCACCAAACACAACGCGCUGUGCGGGGGACGCUCGGCCUGGGAGAUCAUCCAGCAGACCAGCGACUUUAUUGGCGGAAGGAACCCUGCCAGCAAUGGGAGCCGCGGCCUGGAGCCCAUCCUGAGGUUCGUGCAGCAAGCCAACCCCCGCUACGUGCUGGUCAUCGAGGACACCGCCACCAUGAACCUGCAGCGGCGCUGGGAGUUCCUGAGGAAGGCGAUGCGCCGCGUGGUGGUAUAUGACGUGCCCAACGGGGCGCACGUGGGCGUGGUCACCUUCCGGUCUGUGGCCAGCACCGUCGCGCCGCUCACCUACAUCGAGAGUGACGACUCCGACAUGCGGCAGCGGGUUGGCUCCUCGCUGCCCCGCAACCCGUCCACUGUCCCUGAGAGCCAGAAGUGCAUCUUGUGUGGCAUGCAGGAGGCGGUGCGCGUGCUGGACGAGGACCCGAAGGGUGCCGACGGUGCCACGCUCAUCCUCAUCACCACCGGAUCGGGGCCGCCGACGCGCCGGAACGUGGAUGAGAUGAUCACCCUGGCAGAGCAGCGCAACCUAAGGAUCGAGGUUGUGUUGUACCCGCUGACGGAGCGUCGCGGCGCCGCCACGGCCUCCCACGGCCUGGAAGACCUUGUGGCCGCGACGCAUGGCUCGCUGCACACGGUGAUGGAUGAGGGCGUCGGCAACGACUCCAAGGUAAAGAUGAUGGUGGCCCUGAUGGACGCCCUGCUGGCCGCCGUGCAGCGCAACGCCCCGCCCGCCGCUGGCUCCACCGUGCUGGUCCACAGUGCUGACUACCCCGGCGGUAUCGCCUCCAUGUCUGAAGGAACCUUUGCCUUGGACGCCUCGCUGGGAUCCGACGCUCGCUUCUCCGUCUAUUACUACGACCUGAACCACGUGGGCAACAUCAUCCAGCUGACGGCGCCCUCAGGCCACAAAAUCGCCUCCGUCAACGUGCAAGAGGAGGACGGCGACGUCAACAUGAUCUUCGUCAACCUGGAGAAAGCAGAGCGCGGCCUGUGGUCGUAUAGCGUGGAGAACCGAGCCGACUCGCACCAGGGGCUAUACGUGCAGGUCACCGCCAAGCGUAACUCCUCCUCGGGCCUCAGCGUGAAGCUCUGGACCAGUUCCGGUUCGCGCCCCGUCAACUCCUCGGAUCCAUCCUCGCCCAUACGGCUGUACGCAGAGGUCAAAGUGGGCGUGGCACCCGUCAUGAACGCCCGUGUGGUGGCCAAGCUGCAGCGCCUCGGCACCAACGCUACGGGCAGCAACUACCGGCCAAUCCAACUCGACCUCUGGGACAAUGGCAUCGGCGAUCCUGACAUCACGCGGGGCGACGGCAUUUACUCCCGCUACCUGCCGCCGCUCCAGGGCAAUCCAGGGCGAUACCUCCUCACCGCCGACGUGGACUACAACAGCGGCCUGGCGGUGGUGGCCAAGGGGCCGCCGACCCGCCACCACAAGCUGCCGGCCUCCCACCUGCCGCACUACUACCAGCACAGUUACGAUACCUGGAACAGCGACCAGACGUGCUGCGGCCACAGUCUAUCGCACGUCCACACCCGCCGCGCCGCGCCCUUCCUGCGGCACGUGACGUGGGGGGUGCUGGAGGUGGUGUCCCCUUUCCCCGCCCGAGAUGUGACGCCCCCCUCCAGGAUCCUUGAUCUGCGCGUGGAGGUCAACGACACCGUGCACGAGAUAACGCUGCGCUGGACGGCCCCUGGGGACGACUGGGACGUGGGCCGUGCCGACCACUACGAGGCCGUGGUGGCGCUCACCUGGCGGGAGGCGCGGGCCUACCAGGGCGACCGCUUGACGGGGCUGCCACAGCCGCUGAACGCCGGCUCGCUGCACACCACCAACCUGCACUUCGUUCGCUACGAAGAGCUCUGGUACAUCAGCGUGCGGGCGGUGGACGAAGCGGGCAACGUGGGCGCCGUGGGGAACAUCGCUGCGCUGUGGGUGCCGCGCCCGCCCACCACCUAUGAGAUCACCACGAGGACCCAGCCCGCCCUCACCACCUCGGGCAACUACACCAUGCCCUCAGAGCUCGGGUCUGGCCGGCCGGUGGGCAUGACGGACCUGCAGCUGGAGGACGUGGCCGUCAUCCUGGGCAGCAUCGGCGGCUUCCUGGUGGUGGUGGCGGCGCUCAUCUCCUACUGCUACUGCCACACCACGCGGCGGAGGAAGCAGCAGCGCGAGAAGGACGCCGAGAAGGUACAAGGGAACGGCAGCAGCGGCGGGAACGUGAUGGUGAAGUCCGGGUCACUGUGUGGCGAGGAGCGCGGCGGCGGCAGCCAUGAGUCCCUGGACAGUGUGGUGAAGGACGCCCCCGAGACGGCCAGGGACGGCCGCCCGCUCUCCCCGGUCCAGUCAUGGGGCGCCACCACCCUCCUGCAGGAACACGAGCGUCGGCUGUCCAUCCACAGCGGGCCUCCAGAAGACAACCAGGUGACCUACCAGGUGGACGGUGCCCCCCUCCACGCCCCCUUCCCUGACGUGACGGUGACAGACUACCGCCCGGUGCCCAGCGGGGGCGAGGCUCAAGUCUACCUGCCGUGCGCCCACGAGGAGAGCCCCUGCCCCUGCGCCGCCCCAGGCCCGGACUACACUAGCUACGCCGCCACCUGGGACGACCCCCUCACUGGCCAUCUGCUGGCCCGCGCCCGCCCCGCCGGCCCCCCCAACCCCGGCCCGCUGCAGACGAUGCCCCAGCAGGCGGACCGCAAGCGCCGGAACGUGACCCAGGUGUAACUGUCCCCGGGCGGCGAGCAGUGCCAAGAGGCUCAGGCGUGUGGUGCUCCCUGCUCAAUUCCUCCAUACUGUACACUGUAGGUGCGCUGUCUUCGUGCUAUCACGACUCCGGCCUCACAUCCACUGUUCUGAACACUGCGUGUAAGACUCUCUUCCUCAAGUGAACCUGAUGACUGUGGCGAGCACUGUGUGGUGGGGCCGGGCGUGCCGCGGCUUGGCCUCGCGGGACAGGAGGCCAUGCCCUGGGGACGAGGCCGCCUGUCAGACUGUUGUGGCAGCAGCCCGGCGCGUGUCGGCGGCCUCGACAGGCUCUCUGGGGACGAGGCCGCCAGACCGUUCUGGCGGCAGCCCGGUGAGUGUCGGCUCGGCGAGUCGUGGCGAGGCGGUGCGCGACGCGGGCCUCGCCGCGGGGACUUGAGGAGCCUCCCGAGCACCGUGAUCUCACGCGCGUUAUCCUGUAACCUUUACUUCAGCUUUCCGACUGAAUGGCGAGUGCGUGAACCGUUUUAUUUUGAGCGGAGUGUUGAGAGAACGAAUGCGAGGGACCAAACUCUACAUUGUAUUCCGCUGUGUUUCAAGAUGAACCUUUAUAUAAUUAUCUUUUUUGAUGAUCGUCUUUUGUUUCACAGAACGCAUAUCAUAGCUCAUGUAACAUAAACUAGUAACACUCCCAAAAUAAUGUAGAGGUUUAAUGUUUAAUGUGAUACUUGUACAUAACUCGGUGUGACAAGCCUCUCAAAAUAUUCCUUUUAUCUCUCAACAACUUUAUUUACUUCUCCUUAUCUACAUAUUUGCAUUUUAUCUUAAAAAAUACCGUAUGCAAACAUGAAUCUUCCUUUUUUACAAGCUCGUACAUCUGCGUCUGCUCUCCGCUGUCCGUCUUGUAUUCCCGCUGUGUUCCUGUCUGUAAUCUCCUAUGUUCACACACUCGAGGCCUGAGCGUCCACCACAGCGGUCACUAAACGAGAAAAGGCCUCCCCUCCCUCCUUCCGUUAUCCCUUCCACUUUUAUUGUCUUUUCUUUCUCCUUUCCUUUCAUUCUCUUUGUUUUCCUGCCCUCCGCAUUCCUCCCAAUCUAUUUCUUUGUUUUCAUCGUUCUUAUUUUUACACUUCCUCACCCACUUUACCCUCAACAAAUAUCUUUUUCUUUUAUCACAUCCUUCUUUCCACUUAUCAACGUAUCUCUCCUUUUAGCAGCGUUUAUUUUUCUGUCUUUGUUUUCAGGUAUUUCCUGUGUGUGAUUUAUCUCUUCCGCUAUCUCUUUAUCUCCUCCUCCUUCACUCCCUUCUAUUAUUUCAUCUCUCCAUUUUUCUUGUAUUUCUUUACCUCACCUGUUUCGUUAUUUCGGUUUUCUAUUUUCCCACCUUUGUCCAAACCCUUUUCUUCCCUUGCAAUUCCACGUUUCUUUCACUGCAAGUUAUUUUCUUUCUUUUUUUAUUUUUGUUUCCAUUCUCCCUUCUUGUUCCUAAGCCUUCCCUCCCUCCCUCCCUCCCUCCCUUUCACUGCAAUUUCAUGUUACUUUCGCCACUCCUAACUUUUACCAUCUUGACUCACACCUCCACAAACCUCUCCGUCAAGGCAGUUACAGGGUGUUAAUCGCAGCUUUUCAAUGUUGUGGAAGCUUCAUCUUACUCCAGCAGCGAACAGGUGAAAUAAAUAGACUUUACAACCAAUGAUGAUCAAACAGUGAGGGAUUUCGUUAAGGCGAGAAAAAUAAGACAUUCUCCCUCUCUGGCUCUCCCUCCUGUCCCCACCACCACCACCACCACCACACACACUGACACACACAUACAUACACCUGUGAAUUUAGUGAAUAGGCUUAGCUAGGAUUACUUAGUGUGCUGUUGAUCCCAAGGAGAUUAACAGAAAAGGCUGUAUUUUAAAUCGCUGGGUGUGAGUCUACUCGCCUUGCUAAGUUGGUGGGUUGAUUUUUUUUAACGUUAUUUUUGACAUGAAAGCUGAAGGGAAUGGCGAGAGAUUUAGCGUCAUGCAUAUUAUCAUCAUCAUUAUUAUCAUUAUUUUUUAUCAUUAUUAUUGUUGUUGUUGAUCUUUUGUCACCAUUCCCGGCCUCCCCUAUUACGCUCUCGUUUUGAAGCCUUUCCCCCCAUCAUCCUCUCCCGGCGAUCUUUCGUUUAUAAGCACAAGUCUUUUCAGGCAUUAAUGUUGUUGCUUUUCUACGACAGGAUUAUUUCAGUAUUCUUUAGACAUGUAAGAGACAUUCCUGACCCCCUCCUUAUCCUUAUCCUAAUCCCGACACGUCCCUUUGACCUCCUUAACUUCAGCAAAACCUCACUCGCCCUCCUAACCCGCUCUCUAACCUUGUCUUAACCCCACAUCUUCCUACCCCUCUCCCUAACCUCACCCUCAACCCCACCCACCGUCCCUUUCCUCUCCUACACUUCAUCCCAACCCCACAUCUACCUACCCCUCGCCUUAAUCUCAAACAAACCCCACAUAUUCCUCCCCUCUCACUAAUCCCACGUCCCUAACGUACCCUUUACCUCGUCUGUGUCUCCUAUACCUCAGCCUAACCUCACACCUUCCCAGUCCUCAAACCUGUAAAAUUUAACCCCAUCCCCUUCAUCCUCCAUUACAUCCACCCCCACCAAUCGUCUCCCCAUUCAUCGCACAAAACGAAUCCAACCCUUAACAACCACCUAAAUUUCCCCUUCCCCUUCCUUCCCCAUACAUACCCAAGACCCAGACCCUUCCCAAAACCCCACCCCAAUCCUCCCCCACCACCUCCUCCUGCUACCACCUCAUCCACCGCCUCCUCUUCCACAUCCGCCUCAACCUUUACCUCCAACCACCCCCCAUCCACCACCUCCUCCUCCUCCUCCUUCCAAUCCCCCACCCAACAACCCCCCCCCCUCCUCCCUCCCCUCGUAGUGUUACAGUGUGAUACAAAAAUAAGGUAAAAAAAUAAUGUUUGUUUAUUAAGCGUUCGAUGUGAUUUUCCCGUGUGAUUGAGAGUUGCGCCGCAGUCUUUUGUUCCGACGGGCAUUAUAAUAUUUUCUUACUGUGAAACUUAAGGAACUGGAAGUGUGUCAUAUACCAUGAACGUUGUACUGUGUUUUGCACUAGUCAUUAAAGAUUGCCAAGUGAGUGUAUACAUC